AUGGCAUAUACAUUAGCUGAUUUCUGGAUUGUUUUCGGUGCACUGUGCGGCUUCUGGUGUGUGUAUGGCACCUUGAUCACUGCUUGGCAUUCAAUGAUGACUCACAAAGCAGCUUGGGCACAAAUACAAUUACUCGGUGCUCUGAUCCUAUUUCCACUGUCGAUCGUAGCACUAUGCCUUGUCUUUCUCAUUGGCCGUCUUCAUAUGUAUUGUACUGGUCGACUUGCAUCCGUCUCAAUGACAUCGGAUGAUGUUUCAGUUGCUUGA